UGAACAGUAUGGCUUCGGCUGCCGGUCGGUUCGCGUUGAUGGUGAAUUACGGUGUUGUUACGGUGUGUUGUCGGUCACGAGUGUGCGUGCCCCGUUUUCCUCGAACGAAGGACAUCCCGUGAAACGUGGACACGAGAAAUAUCGAAGGGACGAUCGGUCGAGGGGCGAGACUGGCAAGCUACACUGGCAGAGAUGCGGCGAAAUGUGAAAAUUGUGUUGCUCCUGUCAUGCGCGUGGAUGUUCGCCUUUGUUUACUACUACCACACGUCGCGCGACACCAAGAACGAAAACAGAGCACUGCGACUGAAAGAGCCUGCAUCGCUAGCCCUGUCCGCCGGAAAUUCCGGCAACUACGUGGACCCGGAUGGCACCGCCAUUGUGAUGUCGUCUGAACUGUUACCAGCACCCACUCCGGAUCCAAGGGUGACGUGGAACUACUUCGACGAGCAAGGGUACGUCUCGAGAGGAGGCCUAAGGGCGGGAGAAGAUCCUUACGCCAGGAACAAAUUCAACCAGGAAGCUAGCGAUGGACUUCCGAGCAAUCGUGAUAUUCCGGACACCCGCAGUGCCAUGUGUCGAAUGAAACAAUGGAGGAGGGACUUACCACCAACUUCUGUGAUAAUCACGUUUCAUAACGAAGCUCGAUCAACGCUGCUGAGAACCGUCGUCAGCGUGUUGAAUAGAAGUCCCGAGCAUCUUAUCAAAGAGAUCAUUCUGGUCGACGACUUCAGCGAUCAUCCCGAGGAUGGCGAAGAGCUGUCGAGGAUACACAAAGUUCGGGUGAUACGCAACGAAAAGAGGGAGGGUUUGAUGAGGUCGAGGGUGCGUGGAGCAGACGCAGCGACCGCGAGCGUGUUAACCUUCCUCGACUCUCAUUGCGAGUGCAACGCGGACUGGCUGGAGCCACUUUUGGAGAGGGUUGCGGAAGACCCCACCAGAGUCGUCUGUCCUGUUAUCGACGUGAUAAGCAUGGACACCUUCCAAUACAUUGGGGCGUCAGCAGACCUGAGGGGUGGUUUCGACUGGAGUUUGGUGUUCAAAUGGGAAUAUCUAAGCCAGGCGGAGAGACAAGCGAGACAAAAAGACCCGACGCAAGCAAUCAGAACGCCGAUGAUCGCCGGUGGUCUGUUCGUCAUCAACAAAGCGUACUUCGAGAUGCUCGGCAAGUACGACACCCAGAUGGACGUUUGGGGUGGCGAGAAUCUCGAGAUCUCGUUCAGAGUGUGGCAAUGCGGCGGCAGCCUGGAGAUUAUUCCGUGUUCCCGUGUCGGCCACGUGUUUCGCAAACGGCACCCCUAUUCGUUCCCCGGGGGUAGCGGAAACGUUUUCGCCCGGAACACCAGACGCGCGGCCGAGGUUUGGAUGGACGAUUACAAACAAUUCUACUACAAUGCGGUCCCACUGGCGCGAAAUAUCCCUUACGGAAAUAUUCAGGACAGGAUGGAGCUGAAGCGGAAAUUGCACUGCAAGCCGUUCAGCUGGUAUCUGAAAAACGUGUAUCCCGAGUUGGUUAUACCGACCAGCGAGGGUGGUCCUGGUGGAUCUCUGAAACAAGGCACAGCCUGCUUGGAUAGCAUGGGCCACCUACUAGACGGGAAUGUAGGACUUUAUCCGUGUCACGACACCGGUGGCAACCAAGAAUGGGGCCUGACCAAGGACGGUCUGAUCAAGCACCACGACCUCUGUCUCACUCUGCCAAUGUACGCGAAGGGUACGACGUUGCUGAUGCAGAUCUGCGACGGCAGCGAGAACCAGAAAUGGAGGCACCUGGAGGGUGGACUGAUCCGUCAUUCGAGGAUCCCGGUAUGCGUGGAUUCGAGAUACCACGAGCAAAGAGGGAUCACAGCGGAGAAAUGCGAUUCGAAUGCCGAGACGCAGAGGUGGCACCUUUACAACCAUAAUCACUAGCUCGCGAACAAGAGGAGCGGUGGCUCGUGAAAGUCGCGGUGCCGUCGUCACUCGCGAAGGACUCAAGGUGUGCGUUAUCUGAUCAGAAGAAGACGGGUCGAUUUGAUCAGGACCAGCGAUCUGAUCGAUCCUAGAUCAAGAUUGCUUAACAGAACCGGUCGAUGAUCGAUGGACCUUCCUAGAGUUCAUAGGCGAUUGUAUGAUAUUAUUAUUAUAAUUAUAUACUCGUAUCGAUGAGACUGUCGCGAGAGAUUCUCGAUCAAAGCGUUAGAAACAGAGAAUGAAAUUCGCUAGUGAGUCAUUGAAUUUAUUAUUUUAUCCAAGGAGAGUAGGUUGUUGCUUCUUAUUUUUCAUUUAAUCAAUUAGAAAGCGGGUCUGAGGUGAAUCGAGAAACUUUUAUAACGUCGGAUAAUAUUCCUUGAUACCCAGCCUGCUUUCCGUGUACUUUGCGUCCCGGUGCAUUUAUCUUAACGUCGAUGAUCUCAAUCGUUUGAAAACUACGCAAGUAGACUUAAAUGAGAAACAAAGAACACCGAUGAUAUUUUAACUCGGUAAUAUUUUAAGCAAACUCCAGUGACAAUAGUGCACUUUGAAUCGAAGCAUUUAUAAACGUUUCAGGUUUUCUAUUUUUAUUUUUUAUUUUAAUCGAUUGCGUGCGAAUCGCAGUUAUUUCCAAAGCGUUGUUUUUAUCAAUUUUCUCAUGUUUUAACGGCCUUAAGCGAUGAGAGGCGAAUGGAAGACAGUAGCGAUUCUUGCUUAUUUUUAGCUGAACUUAUUACAGCAUCGACCUCGAUCGCGGUGUGAAUUGAAUGAUGCUUCUCGAUCAAAGGCGUGCGCUAUGAUUCUCACAAAAGAGAUUUAUUUUUGUAUAAGAAAUCGUAUACUUACUUGGUUGUGCGAAUACAAGGACUCGACGUGUUCGUGUACAUACACGUAUACGUAGAACGCGUUGUUCUUUACGUUCGUUCGAAGAUCCUCUUAAUAAGCCUGAAAAAUGAAUUUUUCUUUUUCAUCUAACGAUGAUGCGUACGAAAUCGUAUCGUGUAUGUAGAACGCGUCGAAUCGAUUGGCAAGGAGGAAAGACGACUAAUACAGCAAUACGUAGCAAGGGGAUGAUCUUUUGUACACUUAUACUUUCACGACGACAAUGAUCUUACUGCCGUCGUCUCGCAUUGACACUAACCACACGUUCGUACGUGCAUAAGUAUAUAAAAUACGUGCAUCGUGAUUACGCUAACGAAGUUACUACUGUAAGCUUUUGUAUGAUAUUAACAAGCGCGCCCUUUUAAUCGCCUAUACACACGCUCGUAGCUUUACGAAACGCUGUACAUUGAUAGAGAGGGAGGUUGUUUUUACUCGAAAUAUUAGGUGAUACUCGAUAAGAUUCGGAUUGAAAUUAAUUGGAAUUCACGCGAUCGGCAUUAAUCAAUUGUAAAUACGAAAUAAGAAUCUUGCGCUUUAAAAAUGAUGCAAGUUCAAUCUGUCUAUACGAUUUCGCAUCGAUUUUCACGAUACCUUUUUUUUUUAUGUCAUAUACAGUGAAGGGGCCCUUUUUCGGAGCUCGCCUCGAACCCCGAAAUCUCAGGGCCGACCCUGCAAGGUUUCGUUUAAACUCUAUUGCCUUUUUAUCAAACUAAACCGCAAUAAUUACACCUGAGUCUAUUUUCUCUGUUCCCGGGAAAGUCAUUCAGAGAUACAAGACAUCGUAAAGGGUGCCAAUCCCUAUUGCUUCCUUUCAGUAUACUGUAAAUACUUCUACGUAAUCAAUUUAAUCGUCUGUCUCCCGUCCUAAGACGUCUCUGAAUACUUUCUCUGUUAUCAAAAGGGAACACAUUUAGUGUCGGGCAAAAUUGGACAUUUUUUUUAAGCCUUUAUCGUUAAGAAAUAUCAUAAGUAAUUCGAAAUUGUACAGCAAGUGAAUUGCUUGGAAAUAUACAAGGUAUCAAACGCAACCACAUUGUUCACCGCUUUCGUCGCGUGCUUCUCGUGAAAGACAACCAUAAUCGCGCUUAACGAAUUGUACAUAACGCGUCUAGAAAACGUAAGCUUACGAGACACGUCGUACUUCCAUGAAUCUGUAAACUGUAAAAAAAUAACGAGCGACUUAACGUUAAGUUAGCCGAGCAAUUUAGCUCGACGACGAGCACACUCGACUUUGGUGCUCGAACCAUGAUACAAUAAGUGAUUGCACUGUACAUUGAAAACGAAUAUUCACGAAUUUCUCUCGUACGGUACGUUGAAUUGUUCAUUAGUCUUGUAUUUGUUAAGAUAAAGCCUCGAUUCGAAAGGCUGUGCUAUCGUGAGGGUGCAACAUGCCUCGAUUUCUUGAAACGUGUUCGAAAAACGAGGCUAAGUGAUCUGUAACGUUAAAGGUUGUUAGUUUUUAAUUACGUCUGUUACUUUUACAUUACUUGUACGAUAUUCGUUCGAAGAGAUUCUAUAGAUCGAAGACUCGGUAUGUGAAACCAACGUUUGGGUAAU